AUGGCGCCCAUCGACGAGAAGCCACCGAGUGUGGACCGCAUCGAGGACGUCGCCCAAAAGACCGCCCUCAGCGAUGAGGAAGAGGAGUUCACCCCCGCGGAGCAGCGAAAGAUUAUCCAUCGCGUGGAUCGUCGGCUGGUCACCAUGACCGGCCUGGCAUACUGUAUCUCGCUGAUGGACCGCACCAAUCUGAGCAUGGCUGCCAUUGCUGGUCUCGUCCAAGAUCUCGAGCUGGAUAAACAUGGUCGCUACUCCAUUGUCGUGCUCAUGUUCUUCGUGCCCUACAUCAUCUUUCAGCCACCCAUGACAAUCAUAAUUCGCAAACUGGGCCCGACUAUCUUUCUGUCCGCUAUCAUCAUAUCCUGGGCAGUGAUCAUGAUUGGAACGGGCUUUGCUAAAAACUUUGCCCAAUUGACGGUCCUCCGUGUGCUGCUUGGUGUCUUGGAAGCGGGCUACUUCCCUGGAUGUGUUUAUUUAUUGUCAUGCUGGUACACGAGAUUCGAUGUUCAAAAACGCUUCUCGAUCUUCUAUCUGAUCGGCUGCGUUGCCUCUGCGUUGUCUGGUAUCCUAGCAUUUGGCCUGAUGCAAUUGAAUGGUGCCCACGGGCUGGGAGGCUGGCAGUGGAUUUUUAUCCUCGAGGGCGUCAUAACCGGCGCGAUCGGCCUUCUCUGUUUUGUGUUCUUGGUCGAUUUCCCCGAUCGCGCACACAAGUCCUGGCGGUUCCUGAACCGAAAGGAAUGUGCUUUCAUUGUUCGGCGCAUCAAUCAAGACCGGAAUGACGGUGACCUGGAGGCAUUCUCGCUCAAGAAAUUUUUGAAACCUGCCCUGGACCUUAAGAUAUGGGGAUUUGCAAUGAUCUUCUUCUGCAUCACAACAGUGACCUACGCAAUCGCAUACUUCCUCCCCAUCAUCCUCCGCGAAGGCAUGGGUUUCGGCGUCGGCGAAGCCCAAUGUCUCGUGGCACCGCCCUACGUGCUGGCCGGUAUGGUGAUGUAUUCCACCGCGUGGGUCGGCGAUCGGUACCGCACGCGAGGACCCAUCCUGAUCGGCAACGCGCUACUGUGCAUCAUUGGACUACCCAUGAUGGGAUUCGCCAAGGGUGACGCCACCCGCUAUGCCGGUGUGUUCUUAACUGUCGCUGGCGCCAAUGCCAAUAUCCCGGCUUGUAUGGCGUACCAGGCGAAUAAUGUGCGCGGUCAGUGGACGCGCGCCUUGUCGAGUGCCACGCUUGUGGGUUUCGGAGGGCUUGGGGGGAUUGUGAGUAGUUUGGUGUUCCGGGAGAAAGAUGCGCCUGGGUAUCUGCCCGGGAUGUAUGCUGCCAUUGCCUGUAAUAUUUUGAUCAUCUUAGUCGUUCUGGCCUUGACUCUCUGGUUCUGGUUUUCUAAUCGCCAGGCCGAGCAAGGAAAACGGGUUAUUGAGGGUGACUCUCGGUUCCGGUAUACCUUGUGA